AUGGCGAACACUGGCUACGUAGCCGACAAGGACCUCCCUUACAAGGAGGGCUACUCUGCUGGCAGCGAUGAUCUGCCUGCGUAUGGCCGUACCGUGCACGAGCAGAGGGAGGAGAGUAUCUGGAUCAGGCUGGGCAUCAGCCCGAAAUCGUUCCAGAGGCGCAAUGCGUUGGAUGCGAACAACCAGCUGAAUCACACGCUGAAGAAGCGCCAUCUGCACAUGAUUGCCAUCGGUGGAUCCAUCGGUGCUGGUCUCUUCGUCGGUUCUGGUAGUGCGCUCAGCCGUGGUGGCCCAGGUGCCCUGAUCCUCGAUUUUGGCAUCAUCGGUAUCAUGAUCUUCAACGUCGUCUACGCUCUUGGUGAACUCGCAGUCAUGUACCCCGUCUCUGGUGGCUUCUACACGUACUCCACGCGCUUCAUCGAUCCAUCCUGGGGCUUCGCUAUGGGCUGGAACUACGUCUUCCAGUGGGCCAUCGUUUUACCGCUAGAACUCACUGUCGCUGGUAUCACAGUCGAGUAUUGGCAAGUCGGCAUCAACGUGGGCGUAUGGAUCACCAUAUUCUUCCUGGUCAUCCUCCUCGUCAAUAUUUUCGGUGUCCUAGGAUACGGCGAAGAGGAAUUCUGGGCCAGUCUGCUCAAGCUUACCGCCGUUAUCACCUUCAUGCUCAUCGGUCUCGUCCUGGUCCUUGGCGGUGGCCCUGAUAGCGGCAUCUACACCGAAUACUGGGGAGCUCGGCUCUGGUAUGAUCCGGGUGCUUUUGCCAACGGCUUCAAGGGUGUCUGCUCCGUGUUCGUCACUGCCGCUUUCGCUUUCUCCGGCACCGAGCUUGUCGGUCUUGCUGCCGCUGAGAGCGACAACCCUGCGAAGCAUCUUCCCGGCGCUGUCAAGCAGGUCUUCUGGCGAAUCACUCUCUUCUACAUCUUGGGUCUUCUCUUCGUUGGUCUCCUUGUGCGCCACGAUGACGAGAGAUUGCUUGGCGCCAACCCGCUCCUCGAUGUCAACGCCAGUCCCUUCGUCAUUGCCGCUAGUGAUGCCGGCCUCAACGGAUACGACGACUUCAUCAACGUCGUCAUCCUUGUGUCUGUCAUCUCUAUUGGUCUUUCUGGUGUCUAUGGCGGCUCCCGAACACUGUGUGCGCUUGCUGAGCAGGGCUACGCCCCUAAGUUCUUCUCCUAUGUUGACCGCGCUGGUCGACCCCUCCCGGCCACCGUUGUCAUUCUGGCCUUCUCUUUCCUGGCCUACAUCAACUUGAGCGCUAGCGGCCCAGUUGUCUUUGACUGGCUCCUCGCCUUGUCCGGUUUGGCUGCCCUCUUCACCUGGGGCUCCAUCUGUCUUGCGCACAUCCGCUUCCGGAAGGCUUGGGCCUACCAUGGUCACACUCUGGAUGAGAUCCCCUUCCGGGCUGUCUUCGGUGUUACGGGCUCAUGGAUCGGCCUCAUCCUUGUCGUCGUCGUCCUCGUCGCUCAGUUCUACACCGCUGUCUGGCCUCUCGGAGGCGCCGACCCCAGCGCCGAGGCCUUCUUCAAAUCAUAUCUUGCUCUCCCGGUCGUGAUGGUCUUCUGGCUCGCCGGCUUCCUCUGGAAGCGCACGGGCUGGCUCCGAACUCACCAGAUCGACGUCGAUACCGGCCGCCGCGAGGUUAACUGGGAGAUCAUCAACAAGGAGCGGGCGAAGGUCGCUGCCAUGCCGGCUUGGAGGCGCAUGUUGAAUUAUGUCAUCUGA